AUGAACUUUAGCAUGCCUGGGUCGUUUCCUGGGUCCUAUGACUCUGUCUCGGAACAGAGAGACUCCUCUUUGAUAGUGACACAGCUUAUCAAGGUGCGAAACAGUCUCAAGCAGGAAUUUAUGGACGCACUAAACAUACUUUUAUUACUGGAGCUGAUAAUCAUCUACCUCGAAGAUCAAUCAUUUUUCAAGCUCGUCAUCAGAAUCUCGCUACAGUUGUUUCUCGCAGGCGUUAACUCGCAUACCUUGCGCCAAUGGAUCGAGUACAAUCUCUUGUCGACGGGACAGAUCGUAACCGAAGAGGCGAUAACGACGCAACUAAUCUAUUUUCAGAGAGCAGUGCUGGUGGAGGUGAUCUUAAUAAACAGCAUAGCGCUUGCGGAUCACUUUUUCUUUUACCGCAAUCACAUCCACCUACCAGACAUUCCGCAUGACUCGCUUAUAUCAUAUCUGAACCUACACACGCAACAUAGCAUCGAGUUCUACGAGUCCAAAGACACGUUCCGCUACAACUCUAUCUUCAUAAACAUCAUUGGAGAGGCCAGACCCACCAAUAAAACUGGACUGCUUAUUUUAGACGUUCUAGUCUUUUUGGGGCAGUACAUUACAUACAGUCUGAUUUAUUGGCCCGAAAAAUCAGAGCCCCCGAAAUCGACUACAGAGCAGUCUUUGUUGCUCCGCGGAAACGAAAACGCAAUGCAAGGGGCUGUGACGAUAUUCAACGUGGAGCUGUUUCCAGCAACCACGUUUUCAGGUCUUUGGAACGGCUUGACAAUGUAA